CGUCUCUUUCUUUUCAUUGUUUUUUUUUUAUUAUUAUUUCUUUGAAAAAGAAAUACUUGGAUACAAGAAGAAUGAAGUCAACUUACAAUAGAAAACAUUCAUUGGAAAGGCUUGAGUAUUAUUAUCAAGUCAUUAACACAACCGUCCUAUCAAAGCAGAAUGCUGCCAGUGGUUUGAUCCCUGCCUCUGUUGCCAUUACAACUCACGGUGAUUACACUGAUGCUUGGGUCAGAGAUAACGUGUAUUCAAUCUAUUGUGUUUACGGUCUUGCAUUGGCUUAUAGAAGAAUUGAUGAUACUACUGGAAGAGCUUUUGAGCUGGAACACGCGGUUGUUAAAUUAAUGCGUGGCAUUUUGUUUUCGAUGAUGCGUCAAGCUCCCAAGGUGGAAAAGUUCAAAAAGACACAAAAUAUUUUGGAUGCUCUUCAUGCAAAAUACAACACAAAAACAGGUGCUACUGUUGUCGGUGAUAAGGAAUGGGGUCAUCUUCAAAUUGAUGCAACUAGUCUCUUUUUAGUCGCCUUGGCUGAUAUGACAACAAGUGGCUUUAGUAUUGUUUAUACUCAGGAUGAGGUUGAUUUUAUUCAGAAUUUGGUAUUUUAUAUUGAACGUGCUUAUCGUACCCCUGAUUUCGGUAUUUGGGAACGUGGUGACAAAAGUAAUCAUGGUGAGCCGGAGCUAAAUUCUUCCUCGAUCGGUAUGGCCUAUGCUGCUCUUAAAGCUAUCAAUGGUGUUAAUUUAUUUGGUGCCCGUGGAAGUGCUUCAUCUACAAUCUAUGUUUUACCCGAUGAAAUGACCCGUAACAAAAUUACACUCCAAAGUGUCUUACCCAGAGAGUCUAACUCCAAGGAGGUGGAUGGUUCAAUCUUAUCCGUCAUUGGUUUCCCCGCUUUUGCGGUUGAAGAUCCCGAAUUGAUUGAACGUACUCGCGAAGACGCCAAAAAGAAGUUGGAAGGUCGUUAUGGUUGGAAGCGUUUCUUACGUGAUGGCCAUCAAACUGUUGUUGAAGAUCAUACUCGUCUUCAUUACAACGAUAACGAGUUGAAGGUAUUUGAAGACAUUGAGUCCGAAUGGCCUCUCUUUUUUACGUACAUGGUAUUGGAAGGUUUGUUCACAGACAACAUGGAUCAAGCUGAAGAUUAUCGCAAGAAACUCGAUUUUGUCACCAUCGAUUCGUCUCUUUGGGAUCCUGAAAACCCUAGACCCCCAGAAGACUAUAAAAAGGAAGGCAACAAGCGACCAAAUACUCUAUGUCGUACAGCUUCUCUUGAUCUGUCUACUGCACCCGCCGAUCUUCAUAUUCCCCUUGUUCCCGAGUUGUAUUACGUCCCUGCUGAAUCUAUUGAGGCAGAGAAACAAAAACCUCACUCUCAAAAGAGAAUUCCCAAUGAUAAUACCCCUCUUGUUUGGGCUCUUUCUCUGUAUUUACUGGGAAAUAUGAUUUACGAAAAUUUGUUGUCUCCUUCAGAAAUGGACCCUCUUGGUCGCCGUUAUAGCGUCAAGGGCGCCAAGGCUGAUAAUGUUGUUCAAGUUGUACUUUUAGCAGAAAAUGAAGAGUUACAAAAGACUUUAUCAACAUAUGGUCUUGAAACCCAAUCCAUCGAUCAAAUCUCUUCCAGUUUCACUGUCUUACCUCCUCAAGCUCUCGUUGAUGUCUAUAGCGCACUUGGUCAAAACUCCAAGCUUGAGUUAUCUGGUAGACCUAACCGUCCUAUUGGUACCUUAGCCACGUCUCGUCUUUAUCGUAUCGAGGGUCAUGUUUAUGUCUUUACUCCUCAAUUUAUGGAUGUCGACUCUUUUUAUCUUAACUCCGAUCCAGAUUACUUGGUCUCUACUAUUGAAUCUGAAUUAACCUUUACAAAUGCCAAUUGGUUCUUCCCUGGUCGUCCCACUUUAACAGUUGUUUUGACCAAUGCUAUGCUUGGUGAUAUUACCAACAAGGACAAUGCCACAUAUAGUAACCCUGGUUUAGUCAAUGCUCUUUUAAAUGCUGAUGCGUCCAAGAAAAAUCUGUUGAACUUCUUUAUGAAUUUGAGAUCUGGUGAAUGUAAUGGUGUCCGUAUUCGUUUAUCCCGUCUUACGGAGACUGUGAAUACUAGUAACAUUGAAUCACUUGACUUUUUGAUCAAUAAGCCUGAUGUUGACUGGAGCAAUAUUUUAUCUGCCAACAAGACCUAUCACCGCAAGAAUCAUCAGAAGCAUAAGCGUCUCGGCUUUAGUGAAUCCAACAUUAGUUCCCCUGGUGGCAUCAACACCCCUGGUGGUGCUAAGACCCCUCGUCGUCGCAGUGUAUUUGGUGGUAAGCUUUUGGGUACACCUCUUGAUAAAUUAAACGACGAUAGUUACUUCCAAGAAAUUACUUCUGCUUUGGAAAAGAUCAACAGUCAAGGUACUCCCUCUUUCAAGCUUAAGGAUCAUGAAAUUGCUCUCGACAACGCUGGUACUCCGAAGGCAGCGGCAUCACCUGUCCCCGCUCAUUCCGAAGGACAAUCUGAAAAUGAAGAUGGAAAUACAGCGCAUAAGAGUGCUGCAUUAACUAUCAAUACAGAAGAUGAUGCAUCUAACGGAGAAAUGCUCCUGUCUUUAACUCUGGGUGAUUUGAGUCAAUUCGAACCAGCCGUAAAAAGUCUUCAGAAUUCGGUCAAUCUUUAUGAUCAAAUUGAUUUAUUGCAAUAUUUGGCAUCCUGUAAGAAUCUUGAUGAAUUUAUUGUUGAUUUGGAUGCUACUAUUCGUAAUUUGUUAGAAGAGGUCUAUGUCAAGUCCAAACGUCUUCAAUACUGGUCCGUUGCUCGUCAAGCUAGUGGUUUACUUAACAAAACUAUGCCUUCUUUGACUUACAACUUAACCGAUUUAGUAAUUCGCCAAAAGCAAGUCAGUAUUGGUGCAGGAGCUACUGAGCAUCUGAUUUCUACUCCCGUAGGCCCUGAUGCACUUAACAAGAUGAUUGCUGAACAAUGCUUGGAUGAUGUACGUGAAGGUCCUGUUGUACAAGAAAUCAUUAUUUCUUUGGGUAACUUUAUCCGUACCACCCCUUACAUGUUUGAUGGUAUCUUGCGUCUCCGUACCCAUUUCAUUAUUAUUGCUUUACGUGAAGAAAUUAGUCGUAUAAACGACUUUAACGAGGAAGAAGCUAUUGAACAUUUGAUGCAAUUAUCACCAUUCGAAUUACAGUCCCUGUUAGGUACCGUUAUGUCCGGUCCUGGUAUGUGUGAAGAGGCAACUAUUAUUGUGCGUGAUAAGCCUGGAGGAUACUUGGUUCUUUCCCAAGAGUUUGAUCCUACUCGUCGUGUAAGUGCUGAUUUAACUACUUUGACACUCCCACCUUCCAAGAACAACAUCCAAGUAGACUUAAACGAAGAAAACAAAAAAGCCAAUGAUGUACUUGUUAUUCGCGCUCAAUCUGGUGGUUAUAACGCCGGUAAUUUUGCUCGUGUUGAAAUCAAUGGAAAUGUUUUAGCUGCUACUACACGUGGACUUCAUGUAUGGGCAAUUGAUCGCCUUGAAAAGUUGGUUCUUGAACAUGCUUCAUUCGAUACACAUAUUUCAAAUGAUGAAAGUGAUGAUCUUGUGCAAUUCAUUCGUAGUUUGGCUCCUGGUUUGAUUAUAGUCAUGGCGUCCAAAGAUGAUUUUACUGAACAUUUGAGCAAAGAAGCUAUCGAUGCUUUGAAAUCUCUCGGUUCCACCAAGAUUGAAGACGUCAAAUAUCGUGAUUCAUAUGUCUUAAUUGCUGAAAAGAACGGUAAUCGUGAGGACACCGUUGAAGCUCAUAAGGCUGCUAAUGAAGGACCUACGGAUUUGAUUGAAGAAAAGUUUGCUAUUUUAAAGAAGAACGAUAUCUUACCUUCCGAAAUUACUUCAGCCAAUAUCGGCUAUUUCUGCCCUACCUCUAAUGGUCGAUGGUUACGUCGUAGAAAGAACGAUGGUGCACUUAACCGUGUUCCCCGUCAUUUCUUCUCUCGUACUUGGUCUGUUCUCGAUAAAUGCUAUGGUCUCCAGAUUGGAUCUCAUUUCUUACCUCGUGAUCCAACUGUCUUUGAAAAGACACCCGAAGAAUUCAAUUUUGCAUUAGCAGUCGAGGGAUUCCUGGGUAUUUUACGUGAUCCUGCAGAGCGUCAAGUCGCUGUCGAAAUUUUGUCAUUGAUCUAUCGUAUACAGAAACAAAACCCUAACGCGCCUAUGAUUGAAGCUAAUAUCAAUAUCCCGGAAAUUAUGGAUUCAGCCAUUUCAGAAUUUUGGAACAUUUGGACAGACAAGAACAAGGAAGUCUUUGAAAAGUCGCCUUUAUUCGAGAAUGGAUUUGAUUACAACACACAUAAGGAGAUGGCUCAUGGUUUAUUCUAUGAUCUUCCCCUCGAUAAUUCUUCUGAAAGUACUACUACCUAUCUUGCCAAAAGUAUCAAAAAGGCUUUAAAUUUCAAUUUUGAUUUCACUCUUUAAGUAUCAUCAAUCACACAUUGUAUCAUAUACACAUUUCUUUCGUCCCU